GUCUGUUGAUCGUAUGUUCAUAACUGUAAAAAAAUACUGUCAGUAACCUCGUAGGUAGGGGUAGCGGGUUUGAUUUAAAGUUGACAGUCUAUCAAAUGAGUUAAAAAAAAAGUUUCUUUGCUUCGCGUGUGCCGUGUCGUCCGUCAAAGAAAUUGUGUACCUACCACUGUAUUUAUGUACUGUUUGUUGGUUUUUUAUAUAUAUUAUUUCAACUGUAAGCAACCAUCUAACUCAAAUCAAUAAAGAUGCCGCUCUUGGACGGAAAAGAAAUUGACAUCUUUUUCAGUGAAGAAGAUUUACCAUAUGAAGAAGAAAUAUUGAGGAACCCAUUUUCUGUUAAACAUUGGCUUCGGUAUAUAGAGCAUAAGAAAGGAGCCCCUAAAAAUGAAAUUAAUAUGAUAUAUGAGAGAGCACUAAAAGAGUUGCCAGGAUCAUUCAAGUUGUGGUAUAAUUAUCUGAAGCUCAGAAGAAGCCAAAUUCGUGGCAGGUGUAUAACUGAUCCUUGUUAUGAAGAUGUGAACAAUUGCUUUGAGAGAUCUCUUGUAUUUAUGCACAAAAUGCCAAGGUUAUGGAUGGAUUACUGCACUUUUUUGACUGACCAAUGCAAAAUAACAGUAACAAGAAAAGCAUUUGACAGUGCUUUGCGAGCAUUACCCAUUACUCAACACCAUAGAAUAUGGCCAAUAUAUCUGAAUUUUUUAAAGAAACAUGAUAUUCCUGAAACUGCUGUUAGAGUAUUUAGAAGAUAUUUGAAAUUAUGUCCUGAAGACACUGAAGAAUAUAUUGAUUAUUUAAUAUCAAUCAACAAAUUAGAUGAAGCCGCCCUGAAGUUGGCCCAAAUUGUUAAUAAUGAAAAUUUUCAGUCUAAACAUGGAAAAUCAAAUCAUCAGUUAUGGAAUGAGUUAUGUGAAUUAAUAUCAAAAAAUCCAGAUAAAAUUCAUUCUUUGAAUGUAGAUGCUAUUAUUAGGGGUGGUCUCAGAAGAUACACCGAUCAGCUAGGUCAUCUUUGGAACUCUCUGGCAGACUAUUAUGUGAGAAGUGGGCUUUUUGAAAGGGCAAGGGAUAUUUAUGAGGAAGCCAUACAAACUGUUACUACUGUUAGGGAUUUCACACAGGUAUUUGAUGCAUAUGCACAGUUUGAAGAGCUAAGCUUAAGCAAAAAAAUGGAAGAAGUUGCUAAAAAGCCCAAUCCUUCUGAAGAUGAUGACAUUGACUUAGAAUUAAGACUUGCAAGAUUUGAAUAUCUCAUGGAAAGACGACUUUUACUUCUCAAUUCAGUAUUACUGAGACAGAACCCACACAAUGUUGCUGAAUGGCACAAGAGAGUUAAACUGUAUGAAGGCAAACCUCAUGAAAUAAUUGAUACUUAUACUGAAGCUGUGCAAACAGUAGAUCCUAAACUUGCUGUUGGAAAACUUUACACUUUGUGGGUAGGUUUUGCCAAAUUUUAUGAGAAAAAUGAGCAAAUAGAAGAUGCAAGAGUUAUUUUUGAGAAAGCAACUCAAGUCAUGUAUGCCAAAGUUGAUGACUUGGCUUCUGUUUGGUGUGAAUGGGCUGAAAUGGAAAUAAGACACGAAAACUAUGAAGAAGCACUUAAAUUAAUGCAAAAAGCAACUGUUUUGCCAAGCCGAAAAGUUGCUUACCAUGAUGAUACGGAAACAGUACAAAUGCGGCUUCACAAAUCUCUGAAAGUGUGGUCAAUGUAUGCAGAUUUAGAAGAAAGUUUUGGCACAUAUAAAUCUUGCAAAGCUGUCUAUGAUCACAUUAUUGAUUUAAAGAUAGCAACUCCUCAAAUUAUAAUUAACUAUGGAUUAUUUUUAGAAGAAAAUAAUUACUUUGAAGAAGCUUUUAGAGCUUAUGAGAAAGGAAUAGCUCUAUUUAAGUGGCCAAAUGUGUAUGAUAUAUGGAAUACCUAUCUGACUAAAUUUUUAAAGAGAUAUGGAGGCUCAAAACUUGAAAGAGCAAGAGACUUAUUUGAACAAUGUCUUGAACAUUGUCCACCUGAAUUUGCAAAAUCAAUUUUCCUAUUAUAUGCUAAAUUGGAAGAAGAUCAUGGAUUAGCAAGGCAUGCCAUGUCAGUUUAUGAGCGUGCUACAAUUGCAGUUCUUCCUGAGCAAAUGUUUGAGAUGUUUAAUAUCUAUAUCAAAAAAGCUGCCGAAAUUUAUGGGGUUCCUAAAACUCGCCAAAUUUAUGAAAAAGCAAUCGAAACAUUACCUGAAGAAAAAGCUAGAGAAAUGUGUGUAAGAUUCUCUGAAAUGGAGACCAAACUAGGUGAAAUUGACCGAGCUCGCGCCAUCUAUGCCCACUGUAGUCAAAUGUGUGAUCCAAGAAUAACUGCAGAUUUUUGGAAUACUUGGAAAGAGUUUGAAGUAAGACAUGGUAAUGAAGACACAAUGCGUGAAAUGCUUAGAAUAAAGAGAAGUGUCCAAGCUACUUAUAAUACUCAAGUAAAUAUGAUGUCAGCUCAAAUGUUGAGUUCUGCAGCUCAAGCUGCUGGUACAGUUUCAGACCUUGCUCCAGGUAUGAAAGAUGGAAUGAGAAUGUUGGAAGCAAAAGCUGCUGAAAUGGCUGUUCAAAAUAAGGGCAAUAUUAUGUUUGUUAGAGGUGAAACACAAGGUCUCAAAGAAAGUUCUGAAAAAGUUGUUAAUCCUGAUGAGAUAGAUAUUGAUGAUGAGAAUUCGGAGAAUAGUGAUGAAGAUGAUGGGGAGGUAGCACCAGUUCAGAAAAAAGAAAUACCAGCUGCUGUGUUUGGUGGCUUAGUUCCAGAGACAAAAUAAAGUCUUUAUCAUAUUUUAAAUAAUAAAUCAACUUU